AUGGGUUCGGAAGUCGUAGUGGAAGAACUAAUUAGAAAGAAAAACAUCAAUAAUAUUUAUUAUAAUGAAUUUGGAAAUUUUGAGAAAAUAAGUGAUAUUGGAUAUUUUUAUAUUUCGAAAGCUGAAUGGAAAAAUUUUAAAAUCAAUGUAGCAGUUAAAGCAGUUAAAGGUUUAAUAUUUGAUCAAUAUUCCUAUAAGAUUCUUAUUAAAGAGGUAGCAAUUCAUGAUAAUGAUAUGUUAAAGUUAUUAGCAGGCAAUACCGGCAGUAAUAACCGGCAAUUUAUUGCGACCAUUUGUCAA